AUGUAUUGCUGCCAGCAACAGAGCGAGAGCGUUCGCGGCCCAUUCGGUCAGGUUCUACCGCAGCUCGCUGGCUGCUUUCAGAUUCUGUACCCUCUGAAGCAGCAGCAGCAACAAAGACAACACCCACUCGUUCUGCAGCAUUUGCUGCUUCCAUACGGCGCCCAACUUGGGCUUGCCACAGGCAGCAGCAGCUCCAGGAGCCCCUCGAUCAGUUCUCCCCACACACCCAGGCAGCUAGAGCACGAGCAACAGCAGGGGCAGCAAAAAGGAGAGCAGCAGCAGCAGCAACGUGAGCAGCAACAGCAGCAGCGGAAGUUUCAGCAACAGCAGCAGGAGCAGCAGGAGGAGCAGGGGAUAAAUCAGCAGCUGCUGCAGCGUCUGCUGGGUUUGCUGUCUAUCGAGGAGCAACAGCUUGUUGCUGCUGAGGGGGAGCUCUUACUUGCUGCAGUCACUUCACUGCACAACCUGCUGGCUGCUGCUGGGUUUCCUCCUUUUUGUGGCACAAUUGAGUUCGCGCUGCCGCAGCUCCUGCGGCCGCUGCUAGAGUGA